GCCGCCCAGUGGCUCAGACCCGAAAUGGGAUUGUAGAAAAACCCUUAUGAUGAAGAUAAAUAGCCCCUAAUAUUUCUGCAUCGAAUUCCUAUCGCGCGAGAAGUAGCAGAAGCGGCCAGUACUCCUUCUCACCAGCACUGCAAGCGAUUUCGAAAGGAAAGCAAAGAAAACUUGCUGGAAAACAAUGGCGUACGCAGCGAUGAAGGCGACGAAGCCGGGUUUGGAGGAAUCGCAGGAGCAGAUCCACAAGAUUAGGAUCACCCUUUCUUCUAAGAACGUGAAGAACCUCGAAAAGGUGUGUACGGAUUUGGUUCGUGGUGCAAAGGACAAGAGAUUGAGGGUCAAGGGACCAGUGAGAAUGCCAACUAAGGUUCUGCACAUCACCACCAGGAAGUCCCCUUGUGGUGAAGGUACCAACACAUGGGACAGAUUUGAGCUACGUGUCCACAAGCGAGUUAUUGACCUCUUUAGCUCCCCUGACGUAGUUAAGCAGAUUACGUCCAUUACAAUUGAACCUGGUGUAGAGGUUGAGGUUACCAUUGCGGAUUCUUAGAUCUGCCCCACCAUUACGCGUCUUAGCAUAGCGAUUCUGUCUUGUUUUUAUUUUUGAAUUAGACUGUCAUGCACUGAGAUUUUUGUUUGUUUAUCCGUUGCGUUAAGUUGAAAUUUUUGGUUAUGUUAUCUAAAUGAAAUAUUGAAAGAGGUUGCAAAAUCUUAUUGGUUUAUAUUGAACGAUUAGCUUGUUUAA